GUCGCUCGCCUCCCAAUGAGAGAAAGACUGACUCGGAAUGGGCGGAGCGAGCACGGCGAGACGCGGAAGUGCCUGUUAGUCGCGGCCCUGACAGGGAUCAGAGCACUUCCGGAAGAAGACGGAGCUGAGGGGCUGCGAUGCCUGAGACCGGGGGCAGAGAGAACAGUAUCGGUGGGAUUUACUGGUGAAACAAUGGAAAACUCCCAUUCCGGUAGAAGAUCCAGCGUCAACGGAUUUCCUCACCCGCCAGUUUCCCCCCCAGGAAUGAGAUCAAGUCCCAACAUGGACACAUUUCACUCAGUUACCCGUGCAGAAGACAACAUGGACAGCAACAGCUACAUUCAGUUUGAUGUGCCGGAGUACAGCAACACCGUUCUGAGCCAACUAAACGAGCUGCGGAUGCAAGGGAAACUAUGCGACAUUGUCGUCCAUAUUCAGGGUCAGCCGUUCCGAGCGCACAAGGCCGUGCUGGCCGCUAGUUCUCCUUAUUUCCGAGACCAUUCGGCAUUAAGUACCAUGAGUGGCUUAUCUAUAUCGGUUAUCAAGAGCCCCAAUGUCUUUGAGCAGCUGCUUUCCUUCUGCUACACUGGAAGUAUGUCGGUGCAGUUGAAAGACGUGGUGAGUUUUCUGACGGCGGCCAGCUUUCUUCAGAUGCAGUGCGUCAUUGACAAAUGCACCCACAUACUGGAGACCAUUCAUUCAAAAAUCAGCGUCGUGGAGGUCAACUCCGUCCCCGAUGAAGAUGGAAUGAUCGGUCAGAACGGAGUCAAAGACGACAGCUAUUUUGCCAACCCGGGGGAAAUAUCCCCUCCUUACUGCGGGACGAUUCGACAGACUAUCAUAGGCGGGGAUUCAAAGAUGGAAGCCAUAUCGAGUAAGAUGCUAAGAAGCCGCUCCCAAGAAGAGGGCCACUCGGACAGAGGAAGCAACGGUAGUAUCUCUGAACACGAGAUUCAGAUGGAAGGCGAUCCCGAUCACGUGGACAUUCGAGAUAACCAAAUCACUGAGGUUAAAGUAAAAACGGAAAAAUCCGACAGGCCAAGCUGCUCUGAUAGCUCUUCUCUUGGCGACGAUGGCUACCACACGGAACUGGUUGAUGGUGAACAAGUGGUGGCCGUGAAUGUAGGCAGCUACGGGUCCGUAUUGCAACACACCUAUCCCUAUUCACAAGCCGCUUCCCAGGCUAGCAACCUGUCCGAGUCCUAUGGUAACAUAAGUAACUCGAGUCCUUCCAGGUCAAUGCUGAACUGUUACCGCGGCGGCCGGGUACGGCAGAAGAGAACGUCCAGCGUGCCCGCCGAUAUAAAAAAUGUCAUACAAAACUCCGAAAAUGAAACGGUGGUGAGCACCCCAAGCUACGAGACCAGUCCACAGGAAAAAACAGGCAGAGGCUACUGGCACCCCUACAACGAAAGGCUCAUCUGCAUCUACUGCGGUAAGACUUUCAACCAAAAGGGCAGCCUCGACCGGCACAUGCGCCUGCACAUGGGAAUUACCCCGUUUGUGUGCAAGUUCUGCGGCAAGAAAUACACACGUAAAGACCAGCUGGAAUACCACAUACGAGGGCACACAGACGACAAGCCCUUCAAAUGUGAGGUGUGCGGCAAAUGCUUUCCCUUCCAAGGCACUCUGAAUCAACACUUACGGAAAAACCACCCCGCCGUGGCAGAGGUCCGAAGCCGCAUCGAGUCGCCCGAGAGAACAGAAGUGUACCUGGAGCAAAGUAACGAUGCUUCUGAAGCCAAUAUUGACUCAAACGGUGAAGUUCACGCAGUGUCUACCAGCCCGGAAUAACCAUUGUGUUGCCAUGAGGGCUUAGUGUACAAAGCACAUAUAUAACAUUAAUCAAUGCAUAGUUUUCCUCUCUGCUUCUUUGGUGACGUCUCUCUAGAGCAAAGAGAGCUACUCUUCAUGACCUUUAGUUUUUUUGGGGGGGGGGGGGGGGUGGUUCUUGAUGAUAUGGAAACUGUAAGAUUUUUUUGAGAGCUACACUAAAAUUUUAGAUUUCCUUUUUAAUUUUUGACCUUUUUUGUAAUCAUUUUGCUUUUUUUUAAGGAGACCAGGGUACUUUUGCACUCCUGAAAAAGCGUUUAAAAAAAAAAAGAAAAGGGCAGAAUGUGAAUGAAUUUGGUGAUUUGAUACUGUUUUAGCAAAACUCAAGUACUGAGAAUUUCUGUUUAUCUACAUUUUGAGGAUACCUGCCAAGGUGAAAAUUUUGCCUUUACCAAUAUCAAACCUGCACUUAAUGGGCGUAGGGGUUGGUGCUUCAUAUUUAGACAGGUUUUCAAGCUUCGCAUCCGUUAAGCUUCCAACGAAGACCUGUGCAUAGCUUAUUUUCAAUCCUAAGUGGCUACCGAAUUUAGAAUUGGGCUCCAUAAUGCAUAGUUUAAUUUUGGAUUUCUAUCUUGAGUAGGCUGUUGCCUGUUUUAGGAUCCGGUGGGGGGCAUAAUGGUGGCCUUCGCAGAUCUUUAUUUUGAUGCAUAAUGCAAUUUCUGUAUUAUUUUUGGACAUUGAAGACUCGUUCAGCUCUUAUUUUGCAGCUCCGUUGAAAUCUGUUGGCCGGAUUGGGGAGCCAUAACUGUGGCCCUGGCAGAUCAUAAUUUUCUUUUAUAGCUCCUGUGCCCAAGUCAAUACAAAUCUACAAGGGAAUACAUGCAAUGAGCAGUCUGUCUUCGUUGCUUCUGAUAGAUCGGUUUAUUUACUUACUGAUUACUAAUAACCGGCAGUUGAUUUUCUGAUUUCUAGUAAUUUCUAUUAUCUCAACGUUCUGCUUUUGUAGUGGUCCUGAAGGACCCGGGCAGAGCUGAAUCGGUUUGACCGCUGUCCAUACUUGGGCAGUUCCUUUAAGACUGAAGCUUAUUUGUCGAUUAACGUUCUUAACAUCGCAGUCUACCUUGGUCGUUACAAUGGUCGGAUGCACGUUUUUCCGAAAGUGAACCUUAUACCUCUGCAUCUCUCCUUAACCGACCCGGAUGCCAUAACUGUACUAGUAUUUAGACAUAUUGGUUCCUCUCAGUGACGGGAGAGGUAGAAAGCUGGAAUUUGUGGUGCUUAUAUAUUUAAUAAUUUUUAUCACAAUUUUGUAGUUUUUUUUUUUUUUUUUUUUACAGUUCCAAGUUGAUUGUUGUGUUUAUACUUUUUUUUUUUUUUCCCUUUAGACCCAAUAGUCAUUAGUUUUGUAGGAAAGUCUCCAUUUACACCACCCUCCUGUAGUUGGCUCUCAGGGGAUGCUGGGAGAUUAACUGCAACAGCUAAAGGGUGAAUGCUUGGGUGCUUCCUACUCUAGCACUAUGAAGGAAAGGGAGUUUUUGUUUUUACUAUCUAAGAAUACCUCUAGACCUGAUUUGUCAUUAAAUAGCUCAAAUACCGUUCCCUUUUCUCCUUUCAUUAAAGCCAACAAGACCUCAUGAAGAGAUAUUAGAAGACUUUAGUUGCAUAACCUAAACUUCCUUUCGUUUUCUUUAUAUUUUAUUGCCUAUAGCCACUUCUUUUAUCCUUUAAUUAUUAUCUUUAGAUCUAUAGUUUGGUGAGCGGAAUGUUGGAUUUUACACAUGGAUUUUAUUGUGGUGCUACUUCUGAAUUAAGUCUGUGCGAUGUAUAAAUGUGAAACCCCAAGGGAAUUGGAUUUACUUUGUCUCUAGUUUCGCGGCAGGUCCUCUAGCUGCCGCCGUACAGUUCGUGGCUCCUGAUAAAGUAGAAUUUUUAAAGGAUGACCCUAUUUUCAGUUUACCAAAGAUCAAGGAGGUUAUUUCAAUCGUUUAUUGGCACGUCCCACAAGGAUGCAGAGAAGAUUUGUCCGCUCUUCCGCUUGUGUCUAUUUAGGGUGGAAAAAAAGCCAGGACAGAGUUUGAUAUGAAUUAUUUUUGCAUGAACAAUGCAACUGUUAUCGUUUGAUAAUGCCUUGUAUGAGAUUACUUCCCUCGGACAAAACUUCAAACGUUUUAAUCUUUGCCGAGUUCGGAGAACAGGCUCUUACUUCAUUGUUUAAACACGUGUUUGCUGUUGGCCUUUAUUUUUAUGGGUUUCUGUUUUGGCCUGCAAUUCUAGGAAAAUCCAAGCCAUAAUGUUGGGUGGGGCGUUGAUUUUGACAGUUUUGUUGUUAAAGUUGGCCUGACAUUCGUCCUUACAAGGCAGUUUUACUACAUGUUGACAGUAGAGGAGGACUAACCGUAAUGUUGUAGGCCACAGUUUCUCAUCUUGUGCCUUGUAAAUAAGUAUGUAUGAUAUAUAUAUAUCUUAAAAUUCAGCAGAAGGCUUCAUACAGGGACAUGAUGUUUUGCGCCAGAGCUAUGGGAGUGGUGAACGUUUGCCUCUUCGUGGUUUAGUGCCUCUAAUGGUGCGGUGGUGCCUUUCUCAAAUGGCCUUGUUCUCCACUGACAGAUGCUUGGAACAACUAAAACUUAGUGAGCCAUCAAAGGGACCGGUUCUAGAAAGCUUUUUUUUAAUGAAGAGUUUCUGUGCUUAGAAAAAAAUUUCAAUUCAGCAAAUACCAUCUAUACAAGUGUCUCUUUGAUUGUCCGUCAUUCAUUUCUCUUGGUCUCCUCGCAGUUAAGGGCCACAUUUGUCAAAAUGUGGGGAUUCUUUAAUUUUUAGAACACCGCUCACAUUUUUUUUCCUGGGUUUGUUUUUGAGCAUUUGUCACUGGGAAGUUCAUGAAAACAGCAGAGAUUGUCAAAGGAGGUGGGUUUAAACGCCCACCAAAAUGUUCAACUAAACUCAGAGUAUGUGAUUGAAUGUCCUCUUGGUCAAUGAUUGAAUCCUAUUUGUGGGGCUGGGGUAGAGGACCAUCCAUGUACAGAUGGCCAUCCUCAUCCAGUGAUGUUUUCUAACCUGGAAAGGGCCCAGUACACAGGCCAAUAAGCUGGCGUCCCUGUCUGGAGGGGUUGAGUUGGCAGCUGCUGUUAUUGGCCGGUGUUUGGUCACUUUUGGGGAUAGAAUUGUUUCUAUGGUGAGAAGAUGUUCUAUAAAGUCUUGAUCUGGUCUUUCACCAAGUGUCUUGAACUUCGAUGAAUUUUACUACUACCAUUUAAUUUUACGGUCAUCUGGUGGCAUACAGGUUGGUGGCCACAGCAUGAUCUUCUGUAUCAACCCUUAAAGCUACAGCGGCACAGCAUCGGCCAAGCGCCACCCUUGCUGCCCGUAUCCAUACAUUACUCUCGGUUGUUGCCUUCAACGCUAAAGCUCGGCAGUGGUAGAGUCUCUCCUUCAUCUGCCUUUUAAGUGAUGUGACUCCUCUCUCCUUCCUCCUAUCCAUCUAGGGAAAUGUGAAAAGGAUGAAUCUCUUCUAUCGCAUCCUAUAAAUGUUGAAUCUGUAACGAGACUGUGAACUCAGACUUUGUUUUUUUUAUUCUAUAUAGCUAUAGUGGGUUUAAAAAAAAAAUGCAUUUUUACGCCUUUUCCAUAGGGUAAGAAUGAUCACAUCUGUACAUAGAAUAAUUGUUUUUUUUUUUUCUUUGUAUUUGCAUUUUUAAAAGCUAUUAAGUUAACAUGGCUGCCGUGGUCCAUCACUGGUUACUUGUGGAACGUUUACUGCCUGAUGGCAGGCUUCCUUUCGAUAGGGCAGACCAAACAGGAAGUCGAUCGGCCGAGCGGAAGCCAUUUCCUUAUUCCGUACGCUAAAAUGAAGCCCGCCACUUUAAAACAUGCCAAAUUUCAUCGUGUUUGAUUAUUUUACUCCAUGUCGUGGCUGAGGUAUGGCUGAACUAGAAACCAAUUCCAAAGGGCUUGAGGGGGUGACAAGUCACAAACAAGCUUUACGUAACCCCUGGAGGAGGCCAGUGUUUUGGGGUUUUUUUAUUGUCUUUCUCCAGUACGAGACCCGUCUGGCUAAGGAUUAUUAAAAAAAAAAAAAAAGUAUUUAAUGAAAUUAACAUUUUUUUUAUAUAUAUCUUGACUGUGAUAUACUUAGUGUCAUUUAAUUUUUUUUUUCUUAACCAGUUCCCUCAAAACCUCCACUGAAAGGGACUCGAAAAAAAAAAAAAAAAAAAAAAAUAUGCAACCCCUUCUCUAUUUUCUAAGGGAAUUUUCACCCUUGAAUGGUGCUUUUUGACUGGUCAGGAUUAUUUAUUAAAGUUUUAUAUAUGAAAGUAUUUGGAAAUUUACUUGUGUAAAUCCUUUAUAUGACUCUUGGGUUAAGACAGAUUUCAUAUUACUCAGCGACUGAACAGCCGUUCAGUAGAGCCAUUCAGAAUGUGUUUGAUUUACCUGCCGGGGGAGCUCAGUUUGGGGCGACUUUGUAAACCCCAGGGCGGAGAAGAGCGAUUUUUUUUUUACUCUUUCAGUAUUCAGAAUUUACAAUUUUUUCUUAUGUCAAACAAACAAUAAGACCGUGAAGCUCACGAGGCAGCACCCGCCAAUUUUAAUUUUUCCAUAAAUUUCUUUCAAAGCUUGACCGUUCCACCAUAUUCUACUUUAUCGAAACGAAUUUCUUCUUAUGCACAGAGAUUUUGGCCUUAAAUAUUUUCCCUUGCAAAAUCCAAGAUCUUUCUCCAUAAAGAGAUUAUACAGCCCAAUACCCAAUCCAGCACAAAAAAUUUGAAUCCUAAUAUUUGUAUUUUCCGAUUUAAGAAAUAUAUUCAAAAACAAACCAUUGCCGUCACCUGACUUCACAAGUUCGGAAUUUUGUUCAAGCUGAACAGUUAGGAGCAGAUUCAGGUUGAUACUAGGGAUGCACAGAAUCCACUAUUUUGGAUUCGUCUCCGAUUUGGUCGAAUAACGAACUGAAUCCUAAUUUGGGAUGGAAAUUUUUACUUUCUUUUGUGACAAAAAGUCUCACGAUUUCCCUCCCGACCCUAAUUUGGUUCGGCCUGGCAGAAGAAUUCCGAAUCCUGCUGAAAAAGGCCGAAUCCCAAACAGAAUGCUCGAUUCGGCGCAUCCCUAGUUUCUACUGCGUCUGUUUUCGUAUUAAUAGAAUGCCGAAUUUGAAUAAUUGGUAUUUAAUGACCUUGAAUAUGAAAAAAAUAGCAGCUAAGAGCUGGUCCGUUUAUGUGGAAGUCUGUGGAUUCCGAAUUUUCCAAAUUCAAGCCGGUUUCUAAAUCAGUCCAAUUUUUGCAAAAUGAGUAGAAGGUGUUUUUAGCUCAAGCUUUUUUAAAGCGGUGGUUGGUGCAUCCUUCGUUAUAAGCAAACUUUACAAUUGAUUUACAUUUUUUUUUAAAAAUUAAAGUUGCAUAUCGGACUUUACAGUAGAUUUUAUUUGUUCACAUAAUUUUUUUUAUAAAUUUGAAAUUUAACGUUUAACCAAAUAGUGCCACUAUUAAAAAAACUGUGCAAAAACCUUGUACAAAGGGCCUCAGAGCAGAAUAUCGCCCUCUCCCCACAGUAUAUUGAAUUAAAUAAGUCUAUAGUUUUUAUCAUUUUUUAAGUGGGCGUGGCUUCACGUCGGGACAAUUUCUACGGAAUUCCAAGCUCUUCAAAGUGAUAUAUAUUUUUUUAAAAAAGCGUCGGAGCCAGUUAUGGCUUAAAAUGUUGUCAUCGCAGACGGCUUUUUGUGAAGAUGGUAAAUAUUUGCACAUUCUGAAUGGCUUUCUGUGUUACGAACGCCUUCUGGGCCGGCAGAUGCCUGGAAGGGGUUAACUUGCAAUAUAAACCAAUAACCUCACAACUCCACACUUCAGUAUGAAGUCAAUCAAGCUAGCUAAACAAAUGCUGUAACAGACUAAUAACUUGCCAUUAAGGAUUAUUUUAUAGCAUGAAUUAAACAAAAAUAUUUAUUCAAAUGAUAUUUUACUCUUGUAUUUUAAUUUUUUUUUUUUUUUUAGAUUUGUGAUAUGAAUUUUCAGUGCUGCUUAAUUUUGUUCAGAUGACUUUAUGGCUUGUAAAACUGCUUUUUUAAUGGUAUAAAUAAAGUCGAUGGGGAUUGCUGUUUGUUUGUAAAUAAAAAUGCUGCUAUGGCAA